AAUUCAGUUGACCCCAACUUGACCCAGCGAUGAUUUUUGGACGAGAUGACACACGGAGGUUUUCGACGGCGAAAAAAAUACUGCAUUUCUUACCUCAAAAUCAUCGAUACAUAAAAUCCGCUGGGAUUCAAAGUAUCCAUGUGGUCGGCUGUACCUGAUGUCGAGGGUCUUCCGAGUGGAAGCGAUUCCGACGAGGAGAAAGCGGCAAAAUUUGAGGACGAAGAUUCGCCAGACGACUGCACCACCGACGCUUCGAAUGUAUCGUGUAGCAACAAUGUUAUAGCGCCACCAAGAGGUGUGCCUAAUCAACACUGGCAGACAUUCUGUAAACUAAAGAGACGCCGUGAAGAGACGAAACUGUCCCAGACACAAACAAGACCGAAGCGGCAGAGGAAGAAAUAUGAUGUUAGACUCGGAGACCAGGAAGAUGCUUCCUCCACUGAGACCAUAGGCCAUUCAUCUGUGUCUUCCCCAGCAUCCCAUCUACAGGAGAAAGAAGAGUCAAAACCCUCUUGUUUGGAUUCCGCGGAAAAGGAAAGCACCCCUACACCAGAGCAACAGGAGCAUUGGGACACCUUGAAGAAACAUCUGAACGUCAAUGAACACAUCUACCAGGGGAUUGACCACGGCCAAUACGACCCACAUAAGAGUGGUUUAGAAAAGGAACUUGACAAAGCCGUGGAGGAAGGCAACUUUGAAGAAGCGGAGGAACUCAGCAACCAGCUGGCGACGCGAGACCUAGCCUGCAAGAUAGCUAAAUCAGCGGAAGCAAGGGACUACUUGAAAUGGAAAGAGGGAGAAGCUGCCAGGAAGAAAGCCAAGAGGAAAAAGAAGAAGCUGAACUGGGGCUUUGAGGCAAAGGAGAGAUGGCAAAUGAAAGGCAACAUGUGACAGCCCCGACACAGAGUGUAGAUCAAAUCACAUGCAACGUCAGGCCUGUCGGUUGCCAACAGAUAAAAAUGUGACCAGCUCCACCAAAAAGGGUAUUAAGUCGCGCUGAGCAUUAUUGUGUAAUGGCCCACUCAACAUUGAGAG